AAUUGUAAAAAGAGGGAAGUGGACAAAUCAGUGCUACCUUCAUUACCAGCAAUGACAAAAGAGAUGAUAGAGAAACAGAGGCUCUGUCCUCCUGAACCGGAGGACGCUGACUGCUACUCAGAAUCUGUGAAAUUUGACGCACGUUCCAUGACAGCAUCCCUUCCUCACAACACUAUAAAUGGCUCCUCCGUUCAGGAGAAACUGAAGUCCUUCAAAGUUGCCCUCGUCGCUCUCUACCUCCUUGUGUUUGCAGUACUAAUACCUGUUGUUGGAAUAGUAACAGCUCAGCUUGUGAAUUGGGAAAUGAAGAACUGCUUAGUGGGUUCAGCUAACACAAGUGAUACAUCGCAAACUCUGACUGGAAAAGAAAACACCAGUAAAGCAGAAAUGGGAUUUACAAUUGCCAUGGAACGCAUGAAGGCCUUGGAGGAGAGAGUCCAAAGCAUUUCAGACUCAAAAGCUGGCCUUCUAGACACAGACCGCUUCCAGAACUUCAGCAUGGCAACCGACCAAAGACUUAAUGAUCUUCUUCUGCAGUUAAAUUCCUUGAUUUCAUCAGUCCAGGAACAUGGGGAGUCCCUGGAUGCAAUUUCCAAGUCCUUGCAGAGUCUGAAUACAACACUGCUUGAUGUCCAGGUCCAUACAGAAACACUGAAUGUCAAAGUCCGCGAAUCUACAGCAAAGCAACAGGAGGACAUCAGUAAGUUGGAGGAACGUGUGCACAAAGUAUCAGCAGAAAUCCAGUCUGUGAAAGAAGAACAAGAGCAUGUGGAACAGGAAGUAAAACAGGAAGUGAAAGUAUUGAACAACAUCACCAACGACCUCAGACUGAAGGACUGGGAACACUCACAGACGCUGAAAAAUAUCACCUUAAUUCAAGGGCCUCCUGGACCCCCAGGUGAAAAGGGAGACAAGGGACUUACUGGACAAAGUGGUCCACCUGGUGUUCCAGGUGCAAGAGGUCCUCCAGGUCCUAAAGGUGAUCAGGGACCAGUUGGCUUCCCUGGUGGGCGAGGAUACCCAGGAGCACCAGGAAAGGCAGGGAGGUCAGGAUUUCCUGGACCUAAAGGACAAAAGGGAGAAAAGGGGCGUGCAGGAAUAUCAACCUCUCUUAAAACAGUUCGACUGGUUGAUGGUAGCGGACCCCAUGAGGGCCGAGUAGAGAUCUUCCACGAAGGCCAGUGGGGCACAAUCUGUGAUGAUCGCUGGGAUAUACGAGCUGGACAAGUUGUCUGCCGGAGUCUAGGAUACCAAGAUGUUCUAACUGUGCACAAGAGAGCUCACUUUGGACAAGGUACUGGUCCAAUAUGGCUGAAUGAAGUGAUGUGCUUUGGGAGAGAAUCGUCUAUUGAAAACUGUAAAAUCAGCAAAUGGGGAGAAUUAGGCUGUUCACAUGCAGAAGAUGCUGGGGUCACUUGUACUUCAUAAUGUAUCAUAUUUUCAGUUUCAUUUAUGAAAUUGCUUUUGUAAAACUAUUUUUGUUGCCCUGCUCUACUAAAAUCAUUUUAAUAAUAGUAAAUGGACUCACAAUAUUGGUAAUAGAAAGGGAAUAUUUGAAAUGAGUGGGAAUAGGGUCUUAAACACGGCAAACUUUAUGUCUAUGGAUAAAGGAUUCAAACUUCUCACAAUGGUUAAUGUUGAUUGUCAAAUUGCCCAGAAUUUACAAAUGCCAAGAAACACAAAAAUAUGGUUAUUCAUAUUAGGGCAUUUCCAGAGAGGUUUAACUGAAAUAGAAUCAUUGGUAGCAUCGUUCAUGGGCUUGAGAUGCUGACUGAAAUAAAAGCAGUGGGGCACCAUCAUUCAUCUCUUUCUGCUUCCUGCCUGUGAAUCACUAUCCUGCCUGACAGUAUCACUAUCUAGAACAUGCUUCUUUUACCAAGAUGGACCAUUUGAUGCCAUGAAUCAAAAUAAGCUCUUCUUUCCCAAGUAUCAUUUGGCAAUAAGGGAAAAAGCUAACAGAAUUCUUUUUACCAGAAGUGGGCUUGUCAUAAAUCUCAUGGCAGUUUGUCAAAUUGUUGAAUUAAUUUUCUGAACGAAUAAAGACAAAAAAUCUUCUGAGCCAUAGGCUAUAGAUGACCUAGAAUGGUAUAAACAGGACUUUGGGAGUAUUCUGAUAGAAAUUUGGAUUUUUAGAUUGGUAAACAAAUAUGCAAAUGCAUAAGUAAGGAAAUAAAGGUCCAUUUCCAGAGACGUCAGAAUGAAAUAAGAAUUAUAUAAUGAACUGAAAAGAGGCAUUCAUGUCACAUGCUGACAACUACUCUGACUUCAUUCUAUUUGUAUUCUGAGACUUGGAAUAAGACCAAGAGACUUAUUUCUUUAAUGUUAAAACUUCAAGAUAUAAUAGAAUUGGGGUGUGGCAUUGUUACAAGUCUCCAUUCUUACCCAUAUCUGCAGUGACAAAAAGCAACAAGCAGAGAAGGAAGAUAUCUCAAAACUCUGCAGUUUUAGGGAGAAAUAAGCAUAAGCUGGUUUAAAGUUGUUGACAAAGAUAUUAAAGAGAACAAAAUUGUAAUUUUUAAAGAGAUUGGAAAAAUUAAUGAGAAGCUUCAUCCUUUGCAGAAGAAAAAAAUAAGGGGCCCUGGUGGCAAAACCAUUGAAAGGCUCUAAUGUAUAAAAAAUGCAAAUUUAUUUGAAAGGAUAAAAGUUAAACUGAAAAUUUAACUCUGCUAGAAAACAAUUGCCUAGAGAAUUAUUUGUCCUAGAAUCAGCUACAAAUGUACAGAGACACCUUUAUAGCUCUGCUAGAUAAAGGCCAGGCUAUAUUUUGAGACAGUAGCUGAACUUAGAAACCUAAUUCACGUGAUAAAAAAUAAAAAAGUGAUGAUUCACAAAGAUUUAUAAUAACAUGCCAGAAAGACACUUCGAUCCAGAAAUGUGUUUCAGAGUUGGUUUCCGUAUAACAAUUUCCCUAGAGGAGCCUGUGCGAAGCUGUAAAGGUGAAACCCAAUUUGAAGUAGGGCUGCAGGAACUGAGAGAUGCCCCUGAGACAAGUAUCAUGUAUAGAGUGCAACUUGUCCAAGAGGAAGUUGAAGUAUUCUAAGAUAGCAGAAAUAGAGUUUCUAGGUAACCCAGUUCUGUAGGAACUCUAAAGAUUCCUUCAGGAACCCAUGUGCCCAACACUGGAUUAUGUGAUUUCAGUAUUUCUUUAGUUGUUCUUUCCUUGGCAUGCUUCAGUUUGUCCUUUUUGCACUGGGAAUGUUCAUUCUGUAGGACUAUAUACCAUAAGUAUGUAACUUGUAGUUUUUGAAAAUAGACAUUCACAGUUAAGCGAUUGUCUGAUUCUCAGAAGGGACUCUGAACUUCUAUUUUGAAAAAUUUGAAACUCUUAUGACUUUGGGGAAUCUUUGAGACUCAGUAGAUUUAUCAUCAUCAUCAUCAUCAUUUUUUAUUAUUAUUUGCAUUAUGAGAUUUAGAUGAGACUUUAGGGACCAGGAGUGGAAUAUUAGAACUUAAAAAUGUUGUGUUUGGAUGUUAACUUGACAAGACUGGAUAUGUGAUGGUCAACAUUACUUGUAAAGUUAUUGGGAUAUAGAAUAAUCUAGGAUAUACACUUGUAGCCUUCUCCUCGAGAACAUUUCCAAAGAACUUUAACUGAGAAGGCAACACCUUAAUUUGGUGACUCCAUCUUACUGCUUGGAGUUCCAGCACCAAAUGAGAAUGUAAAUGAAGGUGGAGAGCAGAAGCUAUUUCUUUCUGUUUCCUGAUGUUAACCAAUUGGCUCAUGCUCCUGCCAUCUUGCCUUCUCUGAAGUAAUGGACUGUAUCCCAAAUCAUGUGGCAGAGAAACCCAGCAAUCCUUAAAUUGAUCUUAUCCAUUGUCUUGGCCAACAAUGAGAACAGUGAAGAAUACACUCUCUGAGCUUUGAAGUGGAACAUUUAAAAACAAUGAUGUAUUGAGGUGAAUACUCUUAAAACUGAAGAAUCUGCAAAUGAGAAGAGAGUAGAGAAGGUAGAUGUCCUGGCAUACUAGCAACACAGGGAGAGUUUUCUAGAUUUUGAAACUUAAAUACAAAAGAUAGAAGAGAGACUUGCAGAACUGUGUGUAUGUGCUAGGCUGGGUUCUUCAACUUACCUUUUAAAGAAGGAUGACAUUUAAGACUUUACUGCUAAACUUUGUUUUAUGAGGGCAUUACUAUGCUGAGAUGGAAUAAUAUAUUCUCAGAUAUCAAAUGAGUAUUAUAAAGCAUAAAACUAUUAUAUUGCUAUGUAGUUUCUUUCUCUACAAAAAUGUCAGAUACCAAAAAUACACGGUGCAUCAUUGUAUUCAUUUUUAAAACUACAAGUGAAUGUAACUCUAAAAGUUCAAUGAGGUUCCCUGAAUAAAAAAAAUAUAUGAGAAAUACAUACUGGAAUAAUUUUAGGGAAUAAAACAAGAGACUGAAAUACAGUGUUAACCAUCUAUCAGGAAUCUCUCCAGGGCUAUACAAAUUUAAUAGAAUUUCCUGGAAAAUAUUUCUUUUGUUAACCACAAAAAAAUAUCUUUGAUGCUUUGUUUUCCUAAAAGGGGGGCAAAUUAACCAUCCCACUGUGAGAACGUAAUGCUGGAACAAAUACUAUUCCUCUGGAUAAAUACUGAUUAGGAAUUUCAAACAUGUCUCAGACACCUGGCAUACCAUACAUCCCUUAUUGGCUGCUAGAGUGAUUAGUUAGGAGAAGUGGUAAUCCAGGAAAGUUAAGAAGGAAAGAAAAAUGGAGGAAAGAAGGAGGGAAAGUAAAUGGGAGUACAUGGAGGGAAUUUCAAGAAAUAAUGUAUUUGCUAAUCAUCUCCAUUAUGUGUUAAACAUUUGGAGUAAGUCAGUUUGUGAAAACUUGAAGUGGUUUAUGAUAGUCAUGGGGAUGAGGCAGUAAAUCAACUGAAGGGGAAGUCCUUCUGGACCAUAGUGAUAUUAGGCAAUUAUUUCUAUCUUACUACUUAAAUUUUAUUUUGUGUGUAUGUGUAUUUGUAUGUAUAAUGUGCAUGUGGAUGUGUGUAUUUGUGUAUAUGUGAAUGUGUGUGUAUGCACACAUGUGCAUAUAUGUGCAUGUGUGUAUUUGUAUAUAUGUGUGUAUGUGUAUGCACAUGUGUGUAUGUGUAUGCACAUGUGUGUGUACAUGUCCAUGUAUGUAUGUCCAUGUGUAUAUGUGAGCAUCUUUGUGUUUGUGUAUAUGUGUCUGUGUGGGGAAGCCACAGGCUGAUAGUGUUAUUUUCAAUCACUGUCUGCCUUAGUUUUUGAGACUGGAUCUCUUAAUGAACCUGGACAUUACUGAUUCAGGUAGACUAUCUGGUUGACAAGCCCUAGGGAUUGCCCCCAAAGUGGAGUGUGGAGCAUGUACAUGCUUGUGUAAGUGAAUAUGCAUGUGCAUGGAGGCCAGAGGUCAACAGUUGGGUGUCUUCCUCAUUCCUUUUUCAUAUAAAAUUCAUUUAUGUGCCAUAUAUGCAUGAUACUUAGAAAUAAAUUUAUGCCAUAUGUGAUUCUGUUUUUUUUUUCUGAAAAUGUUCAGAUGAGGGUGUUUGACAUAUAUUGGGGCUGGCUGCAAGUUCUAUAUGGAAGACAGUGAACCUAUAAUGUUUAUAUCAUGGAAAGUAGAACUAUUCUAUGUGACCUGGUUAAUUCAGGAUGAUAUUCUAAGUGGCCAAGGUGGACAUGAAUCAUGGACAGAGCAAAAGCUACUUGUGUUCAAACACUUACUUGUUUCUAUCCCUUCCUCAUUUGAUGUCCAUAAAGUGAUAAUAAAGAAUUUUCUUU